AUGCAUAUCAAGGAAAUUCAUAUUGAUGGUUUUAAAUCGUAUGCCACUCGAACCGUAUUGAACGGAUUUGAUAAGUCUUUUAAUGCUAUCACAGGCUUGAAUGGAUCAGGAAAGUCCAAUAUUCUGGACGCAAUUUGUUUUGUAUUGGGAAUUUCAAAUCUUGGUCAAGUGAGAGUGAACAAUCUACAGGAACUAAUCUAUAAACAAGGCCAAGCUGAUGUAACAAAAGCAAGCGUGAGCGUAGUUUUCGAUAAUAGCGAUAAGAGUACUUCACCUGUUGGAUACGAAGAUCAGUCCACCAUCACUGUAUACAGACAAAUUAUGAUUGGUGGAAAAAACAAGUACAUGAUCAAUGGUAGAAAUGCUCAACUCUCACGAGUACAGAAUUUGUUUCAUUCUGUGCAACUCAAUGUAAAUAAUCCACACUUUUUAAUCAUGCAAGGACGAAUCACAAAAGUGCUGAACAUGAAACCAAUUGAAAUUUUGGGAAUGAUUGAAGAAGCUGCAGGUACUAGAAUGUUUGAGGUAAAGAAGAAUCAAGCCCAAAAAACAAUCCAAAAGAAGGACCAAAAGUUAGAAGAAAUUGCAAAGCUUUUGUCUGAAGAAAUUGAACCCAAAUUAGAAAAGCUCAAUGCUGACAAGACAAAGUAUAUGAAAUAUAACGAAAUUUUGAAUGAAUACCAAAAUAUGGAACGGUAUUGCAUUGCAUUAGAAUACUACAAGGCAGAAUGUCAGCUCAAAAAUUUGAAAAAUGAGGAAGAAUUAUUGAAGAAGAAGAAAUCUGAACUAGAAUUAAAACAUAGCGAAUUUCAGAAGAAAGAAUCCGAAACUCAAAAGAAAAUUGAAAACUUAAAGAAACAGCGACAAAGUGACAUGAAAGACGAGGCCAAAGAACUGGAGAACAAAGUUGCAAGGCUCAACAAAGACCUAAUCCACAAAAAAUCCGAGCUAGAACACAAAAAAGAAGAAUAUGAACGAGAAAAAACGCAAUUGGACAACUUACAAAAACAAAUCAUGGACGAAGAAAACAACAAAUUGGAAUUGGAAAAGAAAUGUCACAAUGCCGUAGCACGAUCUGAAGAACUCAAACAAAAAAUUCAGGAUCUUACAAAUAAGAUUGAUAAUAUGAAACGCCAAAAAGAAGCAGUUAGUGCAGGUGUAGCUGUGAAUAUUAGUGACAGUAACGGGAAAACCAUCACAGAGCAGGUUUUAGAGUGUAAACAGACAAUUACUUCCCUCAAAAGUAGUUUGAAACAGAGUGAAAUGAGGCUGGCUCAUCUUAAAACAAGUCUUGACGAAAAGAAGGUUCAAUUAUCAAAGCAGAGUGCUGAAGAGUCAUCCCUUAAACAACAGCUAGAAGAGAUUGAAAAGGUUGUAAACAUAUAUACAAAACAAUUAGAGCAGUUGGGUUUUAACGAAAACAAAUAUAUUGAAAUUGAAAAACAAAUCGAAAUGCUCGAGGCAGAUAUUCUUGAUAGAACAAACAAGAUCAACCAAAAGAAAAUGACACUCGAACAAAUUUUCCUUGACUAUAAUAAGGAAAAUGUGUCAGGUGAAGUUAUGGGCGUAGUAGCAAACCUUUUUAGAAUCAAGGAUACACAACAUACUUGUGCUCUAGAAGUAGCAGCUGGACCCAGACUUGGCCAACUUGUCGUUGAUACUGAAAAAACUGGAAAGGAAGUCAUUGAAAAAGGGAAUAUUUCAAGACGAGUGACUGUCAUUCCCUUAAACAAUAUCACGUAUAGCAAGCGUUUUGAAAACCAAGAAUUAAUGAAACAAGUUCACAACAAUGAUGCCAAAUUAGCUUUGGAUUUAAUCAAUUAUGAAAAUAAGGUAGAGAAUGCCAUGAAGUAUUGUUUUGGAUCAACUCUAGUAGCUAAAGAUAUGGAGAGUGCAAAGAAGGUCGCCUUUGACAAGACCAUUUACGCACGAACAGUUACGCAUGAUGGUGACGUUUUUGAUCCCAGUGGUACACUCACAGGAGGUUCAAGGCAAUUCAACCCCGAGACAUCGAUACUCUCUAAAUUAGAAGCUCAUAAGCUCAUGGAAGAAGAACGGGAUUCCAUCAUGAAGAAGGUUGAAACUCUCAAAUCUCAACUGAACAAAAAGCUUAAGGACAAGUAUUAUACAUUGAAAAACGAUCUACGGUUAAAAAAGCAUGAACACUCGCUGGCACAAAAGCGAAUUGAACAAAGUAGCUAUUUUCAAACAAAGAAGCAAGUCGAAGAAAUGGAGCAAGAAAUUGUAAAGAUCAACGAAAAUAUGAAACAAGCAAAGAUUGAUAUGCAAAACAAAGAGAAGGAGCUUGUUGAUUUGGAAAAACAACAAGAGCUGUUUAGCAAGGCCAGCAAUGAGGAGGCUGUAAAAAAGCAAAAACUCGACAUGAUUGACAAAAAUAUUGAAAAAGCUAAAAAGGAACUACAAACAGCAAAAUCAGAAUUGAAAGAAGCAGACUCUUAUAAACUUUCUUUGCAACUACAGCAAAUGGAAGAAGAAAUUAAGGAUAUGAAAACUCAAUAUGAAACAAAAAAGACUGAAAUUGAAUCAAACUUGGAAAACAGUUUUAAAAAAUUGCAGCAGGAUGUUGACGAAGCCACUGAGGCAUAUGAAAAUGAAAGUACAACUCUUAAAGCAUGUAGAUUGAAGUUUUCCAAGUCAGAUGAAGAAAUCUCAAAACUCAAUGAACUGAAAGAUCAGUAUGCACAGAAUGUAUCAGAUGUUCUUCUCGAAAUUAAAAGUGUAGAACAUACCCUCUCUAAUUCAGGAAAGAAUUCUGGAAAACUUACAACCCUUUUGAACGCGUUGCAAAGUGAAUACAAGUGGAUCAAAAACGAAAAGGAAAACUUCAACAAACCUGAUACAGAAUUCCACUUUGAUAAGAACAAUCAGUCACUGCAAGAAUGCAAGCAACGUCUUGCAAAACUGAAGGAAGAAUGUGACAGCCUUUCGAAAAGCAUCAACAAAAAGGCAAUGGCCAUGCAUGAAAAAGCAGUCGAAGAAUAUAAUACUUUAGUUAAUAAGAGAGAAAUUGUUCAACAGGAUAGACACAAAAUUGAGCAUGUUAUUGAGGAUUUGGAUGAGAAGAAAAAGACAGCUAUCGAGUCUACCUGGAAAAAAGUGAAUGAAGAUUUUGGCUCAAUUUUCUCAACACUUCUUAAUGGCACAACAGCUAAGCUUGAACCUCCUUCAGACGCUGUGAAUGGUGCAUUGGACGGCCUAGAAGUUCGUGUUGCAUUCAAUGGAGUUUGGAAAGAAUCAUUAACAGAAUUGAGUGGAGGUCAAAGGUCAUUGCUUGCACUGUCUCUCAUUCUUGCUCUUCUCAGAUUUAAACCAGCCCCUGUCUAUAUUUUAGACGAAAUUGAUGCAGCUUUGGAUCCAUCUCACACGCAAAAUAUUGGUCGCAUGCUGAAGACUCACUUUACAAACUCACAAUUUAUUGUGGUUUCUCUUAAGGAAGGAAUGUUUCAAAAUGCAAACGUUCUCUACAAGACAAAAUUUGUUAAUGGUUCAUCGAUCGUAGAACGUGUAGUUGACCAUCGAUCAGUUGUUGACACUGAUGCUGGUUUGCCAAACCAUGCAACCUCAACAGCUUCCACAUCGUCCAGAAAAACAAACUCAUCAUCAUCGAACGCUCGCACAAACUCUUCAUCGAGCACCGCCACUUCCUCUCAACCGACUGCUCAACUGGUCUCACGACGACGAGGAACCAAACGAAAACCCACGAAUGAAGACGACGAAAGUGAAGACGAGGAAGAAGAUUAA